AUGAGGAGAGAAAUAGAGAAGAAGAAGAAAAGGAAAAGAAAGAAAUGGUCGACUGGAAGUGAGUUCUGUGAACUUAAACCUCCGAAAGGCGUGAACUUUAAAAUCCUUGACAUAUCCGGCAAGAAUUAUUUGUCUUGGGUUCUAGAUGCAGAAGUACAUCUGGGUGCUAGCUCACUUGAUAAGACUAUUACUAAGGACAAUAAGGAGUCCCAAGAAGAUCGCUCCAAAGCACUGAUUUUUAUUCGUCAUCACUUAGACGAAGCUUUGAAGUCCCAGUAUCACUCUGUGGAAAGCGUAAGUGAAUAUAACUCGGCUUUAUUUCAGAUUGUAUCUCGUUUAAAACUAUGUGGAGAAACUAUUACUGGUGCUGAUCUUUUGGAGAAGACUUACUCCACCUUUCAUGCUUCAAAUAUUUUGCUUCAACAACAAUAUCGUGAAAGGCAGUUUAAGAAAUACUCUGAGUUUAUCUCUUUCCUUAUAGUAGCUAAGCAGAAUAAUGAGUUUCUACUCAAGAACCAUCAAAUCCACCCAACAGAUUCAACAGUUGCUCCAGAGAUGAACGCUACAGAAAGUCGUGGCAAUUCCCCUGAAAGCCGUGGGAAAGGACACAGACGUUGGUUAGGCCCUAAAAAGCCCAACAACAAAAAGAAGGAUGGUAAUAAUCCCCAUCAUCAGAAGGUGAAGAAGAAUGUGUUCCCAAAACACAAAGGAAAAAGCUCACAAAGCCACUCAAAGCACCAUGAAUCUGUCUGUCACCGUUGUGGUUCACCAGGGCACUGGGCAAAUGUUUGCCGUACUGCAAGGCACCUUGUUGAUCUUUAUCAGGCGUCUAUUAAGGGAAAGGAAAAGAAGGCUGAAAUCAGUUUUUCCCAAUAUGACAUACCAAUGGAUAUUGCCCAUCUUGAUAUUUAUGACUUCAAGAAUGAUGGAAAUGAGAUUGAAGACAUGGAUUCCAUUUUCAAGGAUAUCUGA